AUGAUCCCUCCGGGAGACUGCAUGUACGCGGGCAGAAAGAGGAGGAAGCCCGUCCAAAAACAGAAGCCGUCCUCGAGUGGCGAGAAAACCAACCCGUCCAAGCGGCACCGGGACAGGCUGAACGCUGAGCUGGACCGGCUGGCCAGCCUGCUGCCGUUUCCCCCGGAUGUCAUCUCCAAGCUGGACAAGCUGUCCGUGCUGCGCCUUGCAGUUUCCUACCUCCGCGUCAAAAGUUUCUUCCAAGCAAACCAAGAGAAGCCCUCCAGGAAGCACAUCAUCAGCCCAGCAUCCUCUAACCCUGAACCCAGGAAAGAGAGUCUUCCACUGGGCAACAUCAAUGAAAGCAGCCUUCUCCUGGAAUCUCUGACAGGGUUUGCCUUGGUGGUGAGCAGUGAUGGGAUGGUCUUUUACGCCUCCUCAACCAUUGUGGAUUAUCUGGGAUUUCAUCAGACUGACGUGAUGCACCAGAAUGUGUUUGACUACAUCCACAUAGACGACCGUCAGGAGUUUAGACGCCAGCUCCACUGGGCCAUGUGUCCUCCGCAGCACCAGGGGACGUCGGCACACCAGGACACCCAGCUGGGUGCAGGCACUGGUGAGGACUUUGUGGUCAGCAGUCAGUUUAACUCUCUGGAGGCUGGGGGAAUUCCUCCUGAGCUCUCCUGCUUCCUCAACAGAUGCUUCAUUGCUAGAGUCCGAUGCCUCCUGGACAGCACCUCUGGAUUCUUGACCAUGCAGUUCCAGGGUCGACUGAAGUUUCUCCAAGGGCAGAAAAAGAAGUCGGGCUCUGGGGCCCUUAUGCCUCCCCAGCUGGCUCUGUUCUGCAUUGGUGUACCACUCCUACUGCCCUCCAUCACUGAGAUGAAAAUGAAGAACAUGUUAAUGCGGGGAAAGAUCAAGGGAGGAGGAAGUGGAGGAGGUAUCUCGGCACUGGAGCAAGGAGAGCGAGGGGAACACCUCCGCAGACACUCCUUCAGUGGCGGGAUGGGCGACAUUGCGGACCCUCUGCUCCUCUCGUGUCCCACUCCUGGUGGCACCCAGCGAGGUCACCACACUCCCUGGACCCCGCUCUCCAAAGACAACGUCAAGUACCGCCCUGAUGGCUACUACAACCAGGAGGAGCCCCUCAACUACUGCAAGUCCUCCAUGGUGUCCCACAAAGGUCUCAGCCCGGGCCUGGGUGCCGGCUGGCCCCUGCGGUCAAACUCCGGCCCCAUCAGAGCGGGCCAGGGCGUUGGCUACGGCCCUUCUAACCGCAUGAACAAAGCCGGUCAGUAUGGGAAGCCAUACCGUCUUUCCCCGAGUUUCCACAGCAACAGAGGUGGCGAGGUUUUUGUGUCCAAGCUCUAUGGUAACAUCCAGAUUCCCACAGACCCAGAUGCUUACUGCGUGGACCUGGUGAAGAGUGAAAAUGGCUACGGAGAAUGCUACGACGGCCAUCUGAUGCCAGAGAUGCCCCCCAUCAAGGUGGAGCACGACUCUGACUCUGAAAAUGGCUGCGACGCCUACGGCCGACCCUGGGCCUGCCGCGACCCAGAUGCCAUAGAUCGUCGCUACGGUAACGGGAUGUACGACCAGAGCUCUGGCCUGCCACUCAAAUCAGAGGCCGAUUAUUAUGAUCCACAGUUCUCGCCCUGUCAGCGAGGGAAGGCAGGAAUCAGCCCGCCCUACAAUAACGGCAACUAUCACAGCUAUGCAGUCAACAACGGCGGGAAUAACAACGCACGUCUGCUGAAGUGCGACAAAGACUUGGAGAGCAACAAUGAAAACAACCAGUUUAGUCCUCAGAGACUCUCUCAUUCAGGGUCUCUUUGCAGCAACCAGUCCAUCAACCUCAUGGACUCGCACGUCUACCCGCUGGACCCUCACAAGGCCUACAUGCACCAAGACUACAACAAGCACGGCUCCUACGAGUUCAAAGGUCACGGCCUGAUCCACUCCAUCAAGCGGGAGCCCAUGGAUUCCCCGCCGUGGUCUGAAGGCCAUGACAUGAACCAGUCCAUGAUGGUCGGUCCAAGGAACGUUAUGCCAUGUGUGAUGAGCGCAGGGCACCAUAAGUCCAGUCCUUACAUAUACAUGCCGUAA